CUUUCUCACACACAAAAAUAAAAAAAGCCGACAGUUCGUGUAUCACAUUGCCAGUUUAGAUUGUCCUUUAGUGCAACAUAUGAGUGAUUUGCAGCCAACAAAAAUGCAUAUAUUUGCGCGUGUGUGGGAAAUCAGAAAGGGUGCGCUGGGACUUUUUUUAUUUUAUUUCCGCCUGGUCUCCCGUUUUACAAAAAAGAAAAAGUUAAAUCAUUUUUUGGAACAUAUCGGACAAUUUUUUAAUAGCACGGCUACGACCUUUAUAAUGAUUGUGUCCCUAGCUGCGAGAGGUAUCCAGAAUAAAAAAUGAGCGAGAACAAAUAUGUGUAUCUAUUCAAUGCACUUUGAUUUCAUCUCCUUUUUUGAAUAGCAAA